AAUGUUGCAUCCUGACUGUUGCCGUUUGUGAGCAACCCACUCACAGCGGGAGACAUGCUACGCAUGUUGUUUGAGGGGGAGACGGGAUUACUAACCCACAGCAGUGUGUGUGUGUGUGUGUGUGUGUGUGCGUGUGUGUGUGUGUGUGUGUGUAUUAAAUUGAUUUAUUUUUAGAACGGAACUACGUUUCCCAUGAUGCACCAGCAGGGAGCGUCGGGCUGUCAACGCCGGGGGAGAGGAAUCGGUUCAGCAUCUCCGGAGCUGCGGAGCGAAGCGUAGGACAGAAACACAGUGUUCACAAACACAAUGAGCUGGAAUUAACUCACCGACUGUCUGCCGCGUUGGUCCGCCGCGAUGCCCGAACCGGAUAUUUAACGACCGAACCUCCUCGUCUGCUUCGGAUCGGCGCGGAGAGCGGACUUUAAUUCAUCAAUGAGAUCUGCGGAGAGGCUCUGCCGCUCGGUGGAAACGCAGAAAAACACAAGAUGAAGAAGCAGUUCAACCGCAUGAGACAGCUCGCCAACCAGACAGUGGGCAGAGCUGAAAAAACAGAAGUAUUGAGUGAGGACCUACUGCAGGUCGAGAAACGACUGGAGUUGGUCAAGCAAGUUUCCCACAGCACACACAAGAAGCUGACCGCCUGUCUGCAGGGUCAGCAGGGUGUGGACGUGGACAAGAAGUCUGUCAGGUCGCCCUCGAAAAAGCUUCCUCUUACAACACUUGCACAAUGUAUGGUGGAGGGGGCGGUCGUGCUGGGGGACGAGUCUCUCCUGGGGAAGAUGCUGAAGCUCAGCGGCGAGACGCAGGAAAAACUGGCUCAGGAGCUCAUCACGUUUGAACUCACCAUCGAGAAGGAUGUGAUCGAACCGCUAUGUGACCUAGCAGAGGUGGAAAUCCCAAACAUCCAGAAACAAAGGAAACAUUUAGCAAAACUGGUCCUGGACAUGGACUCUGCUCGCACAAGGUACUACCAGUCUAACAAAUCCUCGGGACUAUCCAGCAAUCUGCAGCCAACAGGAGCCAAGGCUGACCACCUCAGGGAAGAGAUGGAGGAGGCAGCCAACCGCAUGGAGAUCUGUCGAGACCAGUUAUCAGCCGACAUGUACAAUUUUGUGGCCAAAGAAAUAGACUAUGCAAGCUACUUCCAGACAUUGAUAGAAGUCCAGGCAGAGUACCACAGGAAAUCAUUAGAGCUGCUUCAGAGUGUUUUGCCGCAGAUCAAAGCUCAUCAGGAGACCUGGGUGGAAAAACCAUGCUACGGGAAACCAUUAGAGGAGCACUUAGCGCUCAGCGGGAGAGAUAUCGCCUUUCCUAUUGAAGCCUGUGUCACUAUGCUGCUGGAGUGCGGCAUGCAAGAGGAGGGUUUGUUCCGAAUCGCUCCUUCGGCCUCCAAGUUGAAGAAACUGAAGGCGUCUCUGGACUGCGGCGUGUUGGACGUCCAGGAGUUUUCUACGGACCCACAUGCCAUCGCAGGCGCUUUAAAGUCGUACCUGCGCGAACUCCCCGAGCCGCUGAUGACCUUUGAGCUCUACAAUGACUGGAUUCAGGCCUCCAACAUCCAGGACCAGGAGAAGAGGCUGCAGGCUCUGCUGGGCGCCUGCGAGAAGCUGCCGUGUGCCAACAACAACAACUUCAAGUAUUUGAUCAAGUUUCUCUCCAAGCUGACUGAAUACCAGGACGUGAACAAAAUGACGCCUGGAAACAUCGCCAUCGUCCUCGGCCCCAACCUGCUGUGGACUCACGAUGAAGGUAACAUCACAGAGAUGAUGACGACCGUCUCCCUUCAGAUCGUCGGCAUCAUCGAGCCCAUCAUCCAGCACGCCGACUGGUUCUUCCCCGGAGAAAUUGAGUUUAAUGUCACCGGGAACUACGGCAGCCCAGUCCACACCAACCACAACGCCAACUACAGCCUCAUGCCGUCUCCGGACAUGGAUCAGGUGGACCGGAGGCAGAACGACCAGAGCCGGCGGCCGCUGAGCGUCGCCACGGACAACAUGAUGCUGGAGUUCUACAAGAAAGACGGCAUAAGGAAGAUCCAAAGCAUGGGUGUCAGGGUGAUGGACACUUCUUGGGUGUCACGCAGGGGUCCGUCGUCGACGCGUAAAACAUCCUCAACUCCGCCAAACGUGCACCCGUCGACCCCGUCCGCUGACGCUCCCAUCCCCGAGCAGCCUGGGGAUUUCUAUGCAUCCCCGUCCCCCACCCCUCCUCCCACUAGCAGCGACCGAGCCAGCUCAGACGAUGCUUCUUCCAACUGGUCCGACUCCUGUUACGUCUAUCCCUCCCCCGAGGAAGAGCGACCGCCUCCCCCUUAUCCCUCCUUCUGCUCCUCCUCUUCUUCCUCCUCUUGCUCCUCCAACUCGUUCCCUCACCACUAUAGCUACACCCGAGCACUUCAGAGUAUGCGUCCCGCCGCUCCCACCCCUGAGUCCGUCGUACCGCCCGGCCCGUCCCCUCCGCCACGCCUAGCCGGAUGCAGCCCGCCCCCGCUCCCUUUCUCCCCGUGCCCGUCCCCCCAGCAGCUUGACGUCAACUCCAACCCCAAACCUAACUCUCUGCACCUGCCCAAACGGGCCUCCCUGCCCGACACCAUGCAUGCAACCCCAUCCGAAACGAAUGGCUCCACCCUUUACAUCAAACCCCCGCUCGUUCUGACCCGUCACGACUUGUUCCUGGGCUCCCCUAAACCUCCCAACGCCCCUCUUUCUGCUCCCCCUCCGUGGGCAGCUUCUGCCUGUAGCCGGGAGAAAGGAGCCAAGCUGAAGAGCACUCUGAAAAACAAAGAGCUGUCCCCGGUGAUCGGACAAAAGGGACUCCAAGGAGUAGUGACCCCUAGUGGACAGUCACAGCACUCUGAGCACAGCCCACACAGCCUGAGGAGAGCCAAGAAGCUUGCCCCUAUCCCCCCAAAAGGCCCUUACUGCCAGACAGGAGCCAUGUCAGACCAGUCAACAGGUCAACCGUCUCCAGUCAGUCUGUCGCCCACCCCUCCCAGCACACCCUCCCCUUACGGCUUCAGCUACCCACAGGGUUAUGCCACCAUUGGUUCCCCGAGCCAGUCCCAGACGGCAACCACCCCAUCUCUGUCUUCUCCGCCCUCGCUGGCAGGCACGCUCACCAAGCCCAGACCAACCCCUAAGCCUCCGCGCCAGAGGCCCAACCUGCCUCCGCCUCAGCCCCCCUCCACACCCGGCACCAGCCCCCAGCCUCUGGAGCAUUCAUCCGGUCUCCUGGACGGUUUACCCCCUGGGGAAAGCAUGUCCACAGAUUCCCUCUGCAACUUGGACAUCCCCGUCAUCAACAUGGAGCUGGACAGCAUCUUCGACUUGACGCACAUCUCCCCCUUCAGGAACUCAGAGGCGCUUCUGCUGUCGCCAAAAAGCAAAGCAGACUCUGAGGAGGAGUCUGAAAGCACAGUGCUAUGACCCCCAACAUCACAUCGCGUCCCAUACCUCGCCCGCCCUCCGUCCAGAGGGAACCCACAAGUGAAAACAAGCGCCUCUCCUCAAGGAGCUUUCCAUUUCAUUCACGAUUAGCAUUUUACAGUUGCAUUUCCUGAAUUAUUUUAAGAUUUGUUUUUGCCUUAUUUAAAUCACAUGCAAUAUUGCCUUUAACGCCACGCAGGAGGCUGUCUGGAUGCUGGAGGAAUGGGAGUUCCUCGCCGCCACCGCUGCUGCUGUGUAAUGAGUGACGCAACAUCCCCGCUCGUUCCCCACACCGAUUCAUUUUGCCCCUUUCACUCCCCUCUCACUCCUCAGGGGUGUCCGUCUGAAAUGCCUCGCUCGUGUAGUUCUGUCCAGCCUGAGCGUUCACUGUGAGUCAGUAUGCAUGUGUGUGUGAGUGUGUGUGUGUGUGUGCGCGCGCGUUUUGCUAAUGUGUGACGUGACAAUUGUACGACAUAAUGUUGCACUGUUGGUGUUGUGGAGCAAAAGCAGGAGUGCAUUAUGUUAGACCAGUAGGGGAUAAUGUGCUUUUCUUUAAAAACAACAACAAAAAAAUGACAUUCAGUUAGGAGAUCAGACACUGGAUAUUUAUUGUUUAUACAAUAUAUUUUCAGAGCAUAUGAGAUAUUCACAAUAGGGAUCCAAUCAGAUCAUAUUUUGUAUGAAGAGGAGAGUUAUAUAGGGGACAUUUUCACUUUUAAUGGAUGCAGGCAGGGAGCUUGGAAAUAAACGACAUGCAUACUGUAGUUUAUGAAAGAUGGAGAAAUUCUGAAUUAUUUUGGCAGCAAUCAAAGCUGUAUGGGACCUUUUUAUAUUUCAUUCCUCAGUCUGGAGAAGGUUUGCGAUGACAUGGAUGUGUAGGACUGGUUUUAUGACGCCUGGACUUUCCAACAAAGCUGCUGCAGUGGUAGAGCAGGACGCUGCUGCCCCACUUCCACUGUGGAAGAAAACCCCACUGUCUCUGUGACAUUGUCAGACAUGAACACAUGGGAAGAGGAAAGAAAAUGACACCCGAUUUCAAAUGAGUUGACAAAAUAACAGCUCAGCAUAAAUGCAGCUGUUCUGUUCUGUUAGAAGAUAUUGAUGAAAUUUGGCUUUGAUUGAAGAGAAGCAGAAAGAAAGACAUGAGGAGACUGGUUUCCAGAAUCAAUAGUCAGAUGAAACCCAAACUUUUUCAUAAAAAAAAACAAGUGAGGUGUGAAUCUGUCAAUGUACAUCUUCUUGAACACACCGUUCCAUGCUUUGCUUCAGCAGAGAGAGAAAAGCUGGUCAGAUCUGACUGAGAAGAAGGGUAGACGUAAAAAAAAAAAAAGGUAUUCCUCCAGGAAGCAGUCGUUUCUCAAUAGCUGAGGGUUCAGACCCUCUGUACGAAGCAAACCAUACAAACAGGAGACCUUCCAACGCAACAUGCAACCAGAUCUAUAAAGGAUUUGUUUAGCUCCAAGUAAAUCUUUGUUAAAACGGCGCAGUCAGACUGAGGAUCGAUCUUCACGGACUCUCUCCGUUCGGUCUGACUGAGUUAGAGUCUCUGGCAGAGAGCCUAAAAUACUGCAACUGCAGUGAAACGUGGCUCUACAAAGGCAUGCCUGAACUUUACAGAUUUUUUUAUAAGUAAAAUGUUUUAGAUCCAUGCAUCAUUGUCCUUCCACUUCAGCUAUGUGGAUGCUUUUCCGAGGCGUGGCGUCAUGAGUGCAGCCGCCUGCAUCAUGAUUACAUUUACACUGCAACAGAUUUUCCCAGUUCUAACAAGUCGAGCGCUUUGGGUGAAAGAUAAUGGGGGUUUUCACCCAGUAUGAAGCUGGUACAGCUGGUUCUAUAAAACCGCAGCUCUUUAGCUACAUCAUCUUAAACCAUCUCUGCAGUGGAUGCUUAUCCUGCUGCAGCAAGAUAACAAGCAGCAGCAGCUUAGCACUGGAACCAGUUUGUGUUGCACUCCAGGCUUCAUAUGAGAAAUAAACCACGCAGUCUGUUGUCAUAUCAUAACCAAAAAAAGACAGAUCUGAAGCACCACCAGAAAGAAAAUGUGCUGUAUUUUUAUGAAUAAGCACAUCUUUUUUUUUUUUUUCCUCAUCACAGUGCCAUUACACCUGCAGUUCCAGUUUAUAGGAAACUCUGAUGAUGCUGAUAUUUUUUGGGAGUUUUACUGGUGAUCCAGAGGCAAGUGCAAAGAUAUCUGUAUAUUUGUUUAUUUUGAUGAGAGUAUUUAUAGAUAUACGUUUGAGUACGGUUUACUUGGUGUGAGGAGCUGUGAGUAUUUGCGCUUCACGUGAAUCUUGUCUGAGGAUUUAAGAAAAAAAAAAUCAAGUAUUCAGACACAGGACCAGAUUUUUUCUGCUGCCGCUUUAAAACUUGAAAAUCAGUCAAACUGAUGUAACGAGGUUAGGAACAGCAGCAGUUUGCCUUGCGGAGGGUUUCGUCGCAACCUAUCCGACCUGUAGGACCUUUAGUUUCUGUCCUGAGAACGUCCACUGUGCUGCUCUGCCAUCGCCUCUCGGUUAAGUGCGAAAUCACGAAAUCGCAGGACUUUUGUAAAUCUCGACGCGUCUGUACAUAUUUGUUCUGUACAUACGGACAACGGGAAGAGUCGGAUAUAUCGAAAUCUAUUCACAUUUACUGAAAACUAAACGCGCUGUACAUAUAUGAUUAUAAUGUUGGUGGUUGUAGCACAAUAAUGUCACAUUUACACAUCAGAUGUUGGCUUCUCUUUUCUACAUGGAGGCGUAGUGUUUGUGUUGCAAACUUCCUGACCUCUCAGUCUUGCUUUUAGCUUUAUAGGUAGAAAAAACAGACGACGCCACAUCUGUUUUUGUCUUUAGCUGCUUGGUCUGACAUGAUGCAGCAUGACGUUUAACUGGAUGAUACUCAAGUUAUUUUGGUUAUUUUGUUUCUUUACAUUUUAAUGUGUGUAUUUUAGUUCUAAUUAUUUACACUACUUGACAGCAGAAACUGCACCUGUGAUCGUGGGAUGGGUCAUAGCACCUGUCAGCAAAACUGCCCGAUAGCAGCGCUUCAGUUUACAUUUUAAUUCAGCUGAUAAAGGGAGUCCAAAUGGUUACAAGAUAAAAUAUAGUUUCCAUAAAUCAACCAGUGAGGAGCAGAUGUAAAACAUGACCUAGCAUUUUUAUUGAAUCAACACUUAAAGGUUCAUUUAUCAGUUCAGUUUAGAGAGACAGUGUGAAAUAGUUCAGCUGUUCAUGGCUGUCAGUUUCUCCAUCGUGGUUUACUGUUAAUGAAAACCUCAAAUUCUGUUCUGUUCUCAGAAAAUUAUAAUAAUACAACAGAUCAAUAAAAAAAAGAAUCAGGGUUAAUGUCUUAGAUACAACUCAGUGUGGCUCUUUUCCUUCCACUCAACUUUCCAUGAAUGUGCUUUGCUUACAGGACUCUGCAUAUAAUCUAGAAUUUAUUUUAGCAACAACCUUUUGAAGAGGGUUUCACUGAUUUUCUGCUGUUCAUUUGAUCAAAUCAGCAGGUUUUAUUCUGACCAUAACGUUUCUGCUCUAAAAAUAUUAUCUUUAAAUAUUAUCAGCUUUAAAAAUCAGUUAUUUUUAUUGCAAUAAUGUCAAAUUUACUGAGUAACUGAGUUGUGGGUUUUCAUUGGCAGUAAGCCGUAAUUAGAAGAAUUUAAAGAAAUAAGACCUUAAAGUAAAUCUCUGUAUGUAUAAUCAGUCUAUACAUGAGGUUUUUUUUUUAAAACUGAAUUACUGGAAUAAUUUGACUUUCAGGUGAUUAUUUUUACCGAAGAGCACCUGUACAGGACAUUAAUUUAAGUUUCCAUGAUUUUCUUGAAUUUUUACAACCCCCAGCUUUUGAUUUUACUCCCUAGUGGCCGUUAUAUUUUAUGUUUUCAAUCGUUUUUAAUCUGCUGCCAUGUCACAAUCGAUCAGAUCCACCAGGUGAAUUAGCAUAAUCCAGCAUUAAUGAAGUAGUUUAUAAUUACUAGGAGAAAAACAAAGUAAUAACUUAGCAGCCGUUGUAGUUGGGCUGAGGUCUAUCUGUCCCUGCUCUGUGUCGUUUCCUGAUUCACCUGCGUGUUUUUUACCAAAUGAUUUCAGAACACAUCAAACUCCACAUCCCACAUAGUUUUCAGCUUUUUGAGCACUGAUAUACUAUAUAUAUAAAUAUAUAUAUAUAAAGCCUUUUUCUACACAAACAGGUGGAAUGUACAAACAAUAUUCACCUCAGAGGUUGCAACGGAAGCAGACGCGUCGUCCACGUAGUUUCAAGCGUCAGACUGGAUGGAUGCAUCAUGAGCAGUUUUGUGGGACGAACUUCAACAUUGUCUUUUGUGCAUUGUCUCUACAGCAUGCUUUUUCACCACGCCUAUGAAACGCGUCUUAUAUUUGGUCCUAUCUAAAUGUGCUUGUAUUUAUUUUUGAUGAGAGAAAAGAUCAGGCUUUACAGGAAGUAACAGUCAGCGCUGCCCUUUGCCCUUUUCUUUUUUUUUUAGCAAAACUCCUCGUCAGUUCUCAAGUCAUUCAGACGUUUACUCCUCAUAUGUUCCACCUUGUCGUAAAAAAGCAAAUCAGCUUAAAACAGAGACCGAGAUCCUUUAAAAAAAAAAAAACCCUGUUUAGUACUGGACUUUAAUCUACUGGAACGCUGUAUAUCCUAGAAUAAUCCAGUUUAGUGUGUAGAUUACACUGUGGUGCAUGCAGCCAUUGCAGCCAAAAUACUCACCCUUAUUCUCUCUUUUUUUCUUUUUUUUUUUUUCAUUUUGCAAAGGUUCAAGUAAUACGUUAAGGGGCCAAACUAAAACGGAAAAAAAACAACAAAAAAACAACAACAUUUGAUCCAAUCUUUGUGUUAAACUGUAGUGAUGCUGUUGACUCUCAAAGUCUGGAGUAAAAAAAGGAAAUUACAUUUCUUUUUUAAAAAAAAUAUCUUUUAUCUCUUGGUCACCAAGUGGAAUUCAGUGUAAGACGGGAAAAAAUUUAAAGAUUAAUCAUUCGAAUGUUGAAACUAUUAAACUUGUUUUUAUAUUAA